CGAAAAUGCAGUCAUCGAAGGAGAAGUUGAGUAACAUGGCCAGUGCUGCGAAGGAGCAAAUUAACAUUGGUCACGCUAAAGCUGAAGAGAAGAUAGAAAAGGCAUCAGCAAGGACGCCUGAGGAGAGGGAGAUGGCCCAGGACAGAAGGAAAGCCAAGGAAGUCCAGGGAAAUUUGGAGUUUCACGAAGAGAAAGUGCAGCACAAGGCCGUCAGAUUGGAUGCGAAGCAGCACUAUAACCCUUACGGCGGCCACCCUCAACACCACCAGCAUGGCGAAUAUGAGUAUCCGAUUCCCAUGCCCGGUGGUGAGUAUCCCAUGGCAUGUGCACCCACUGCCAGGGCAGCUCCGACGACUGUGGCUUCAACGGGUCCCACUUGCCCUAUCUCAGGAUACGAGGGAUUGGAUGCGCAGCAGCAAUCUCACCUUCACGUCCACCAUGGCAAAUAUGAGUGUCCGAUUCCGACACCUGGUGGAGAGUAUCCCAUGGGCGGCCGCCACUACUGA